AUGCUGACAUCCAGGUUCACUCUGGAUGUGGUCGAGGCUGAGAUCAUGUCGCUCGUAGAGAAGCACUGCCCUGCAGGGGAGUGUCCUUUGGCCGGAUACUCCGUGCAGUGCGACCGCGAGGUCCUGAAGCUGCAAAUGCCCAGGCUCUACCGUCACGUGCAUCAUCAAAUCCUGGAUGUCGCUGGGUUCUUCACUGCUGCCAACCUGUGGAUCCCCGAGCAUUCGCAGUACUGGGCCCGCAGAAGCAGCGCCUACAACCACCGGGCGCUGCAAGACGUGCGAGACUCCAUCGCAGCGCUGCGAUGGAUCCGCGAGAAGUUCUUUGAUCCUCAGAAGUUCUACGAGCCUCAAGGUCAGCGCCGUCUUUGA